AUGUCCUACUAAAUAUAUCGCGGGUGGUGGGUGAGCGAUCCAAGUAGAGAAGCGAUGGUAUCUAAGGGCGUCGCGACCAUACCGCCAUGUUCCUCACUAACGGCCCUAGCGGGGGCGGACAGAACAAUACUACUAACGGACCCACUUUUAAUGAGGGAGCGGGACAGAACUACAGGAACGCUGCAGGUUACGGAGGUGGAGGUGGAGGUGGUAGCAGAGGUGGUGGAGGGGGAGGGAAUAAUGGAUGUUAUAACUGCGGAAAACCUGGACAUUUUGCACGGGACUGCUGGUCCAAAAGGGGAAGAGGAUUUGAACCAGCUCAGGGGGACCCCGAACUGGAGGAAAUGAAGGAGCACUUCAGACAAGUAAGGAAGGAGAGACAAGAAAUGGAGGAGAGGCGGAAGUUGGAGGUGGAGAGGAAGGCCAGGGAGGAGGACGACAUCAGGAGAAACCAGGACUUUGCCAGGAAGGCGGAGGAAUUCAAACUACAGCUAAGAAAUGAGCUUUUGGAGGAAUGGAGGAAGAACAACGCGACUGCCAACGCUAUGAUGGAUGGUACCAAGAAACUCGGAAGAAAGAAGAAGCACGUAGCUCCUCGGAAGAACAUCGGGAAGCGGCACAAGGGACGAUAUAAGAAGAAGACAAGGGAGGUAACUAGCGAUGCGACUGAAAGUGACGAUACUUCGGAAGAUGAGACCUCUGGAGAUACCACCUCGGAGUCUAACUCUGACGACCUAUGGUCGAGACCGAAGACACGGGGACUACCGCUCGAGGGGUACGCGGAAGCGUUUGAAGAAAAAAGGCAAGACAGAUGUGGCUGACCCGCUACCAAGGGUAUUCGAACGAGGCGAGUGUUCGAAGCAACGUAAGAUGACGAAUGAAAGUGUUGACGAUCC